AUGCGUGUUCGGAUACCAUUCGGUUGCAUUAUUUGUAAGUACUCCAUGGAUGCGACAGACUGCGGAAUAGUUGGUUCUGUAUCGACAAAAACCAAAAUAAGUGUUACAAGCACGGCCACUGCCCACAGCUGGGCGCGGGGAGCCGCCGCCCAGCACCUAAAGGUGGAAGGGCUCGCCGCACGCCAGCUGGCCACAACACACGGCAACAGCACCACAGACUACUACUUGGAAUGA